AUGCUUCAAAAAUACCAACAGUUCCAGGCGGACUACCAUUUAUUUCAAGUUAUUAAAAGGGCAGUCUAUCCUGGACCUUCUCCACGUAAAGUAUGGGUGGGACCUUUGCUGUUUGUACUUCUUGAUGAUCCCGAUCAGGUGCAUCAAUACUUGAAUUCUACCAAUGGCAUUGAUAAGCCGAACAUUUAUUCAGGACUGGACAUGGAUAAAGACGAGUUGGAUGGAGAAGAUUUCGACAUCAAUUCAUAUUUUUCACCAUUAGGAUUGGACAAUAUUUUAAGAACGUCUACAGGUGUUGACAAAAGAAUUCAAGAAGAUAAGAAUAAUAAAUAUCUUAAUGACUGCAUCAUAGGUGUGAACAUUUUUGCAUUAAAAAUCGUCAAAUUUUGGUUGCAAUUAAAACCAAUCAUGAGAAUGUCAAACUUGUACGAAUUGGAACAAAAACAUAUUUUAAAUGGAAUGUUUAAAAUGGCUCAUGACUUGAUACAAGAAAAGGAAGAAAAUAUUCGUAACAAUAAUGACGAUAAAUAUAAAAGUGAAAAGCCGCAAAUUUUCAUCGAUCAAUUGUUUAAGAAACGAAAUGAAUUCUCAUUCGAUGAAAUGGCAGAUGAGAUUAAUAGCAUCGUAGUGGCAGGAUUUGAAACAAUUUCAAGCAUGAGUUCAACAGUUGUGUUGCUUGCUGCUUUAUAUCCACGUGUUCAAGAGAAAAUUGUUGAUGAACUAAAAAGUGUCUUCACUUCAGUGGAUGAAGAAGUCACAGAUGAGAAGCUUCAAGAGUUGACUUACUUGGAACAAGUUAUCAAUGAAUCAACGAGAUAUUGGACUCCAGUGCCUUAUAUCGCAAGAUCUUUACCAACAGAUAUUGAAAUUGGUUCGAAAAUAAUUCCAGCUAGAUCAAUUGUCGCCAUUCCAAUAAUUUUACUUCAUAGCAGUAAAGAAAUUUGGGGUAAAAAUGCAUACAAAUUCAUCCCAGAAAGAUUCUCGCCUGAAAAAUUUAACGCCGUUCAACGACAAGCUUUCAUGCCAUUCGGUCGAGGUCCGAGAAUUUGUAUUGGAAACAAAUAUGCUGUCAAGUCAAUCAAAAUUGCACUUUCACAUUUCUUCAGACACUAUAAAUCAAAAACAAAUCUUAAGGAGAAAGACAUAAAAUUUGAGUAUGUCAUUUUUGCAAGAAUCGUUCAAGGCUACAUGAUCAAAAUAUCCAAAAGAGAAUUCUAA